CCGUCUUUACACAUGCCCGGCGCCUAGUGACGUAUUUCCGGCUAACUGUCAAACCCGUGGGCUACAUGACAGGGGACCGGACAGGUUGGACCGAAAAACCGACUGACGGCUACUUCAUAAGUUCGACAGGCAAAGAGAAAUGUCGUUCAUUUUUGACUGGAUCUACAAGAGCUUCAGCAGUGUCCUGCAACUGUUAGGAUUGUACAAGAAGAGUGGAAAGCUAGUGUUCCUCGGACUAGAUAAUGCUGGAAAAACGACACUCCUGCACAUGCUCAAAGACGAUCGGCUGGGACAACACGUGCCAACUCUACACCCAACGUCUGAGGAGCUGACCAUAGCUGGGAUGACUUUUACAACGUUUGACCUUGGUGGUCAUACACAAGCACGACGGAUCUGGAAGAACUAUCUCCCUGCGAUUAACGGAAUAGUCUACAUGGUGGAUUGUGCAGACCAUGAGCGACUAGCAGAGGCAAAAGUCGAACUGGAUGCCUUGCUGACGGAUGAAACCAUCUCAAACGUCCCAGUCCUCAUCCUGGGGAAUAAGAUAGACCGGCCUGAGGCCAUCAGCGAGGAUGGGCUCAGAGGGAUGUUUGGCCUUCAUGGACAGACCACUGGAAAGGGCAAAGUGUCACUUAAGGAGCUGAAUUUGAGGCCAAUGGAGGUUUUCAUGUGUAGUGUGCUAAAGAGACAAGGAUAUGGAGACGGCUUCCGCUGGCUUUCCCAGUACAUUGACUGAUCCUGUUCUUUUACCGACGCCAUUUACAACGCUACUUGAACAUGGAUAGACAUGUUCCUCAAAAAGAAACCACCCGCCACAGAUAUUCGUCAACUAUACCACAUUUAGGACUUUGUGCCAGCAGGAAAUGAGUGCUUCGUGUUCAACUGAUUUUUAUUCUUCAUGGAGUUCAAAGAAAUCUAUAUUGUAUCAAUCAUAGCACAGCGAGUCCAAGAUUAAGUAAUGAAUUAUCCGUCUGUAUUGUUGAGAUUACGUAUGGAGGACAAUCUUCACUGUGUGGUUUCCUCCUCAAGUUAAAGCCUUAAAGAAUUCUGUCUGCCUAUAGAACAUGUCAUCGCUGUGAACCAGUUUCUGACCCGGGUUUAUUUUUAGCUGCUGGUGUAGACUUACAGUGAAGGUCAAUUUGGUCAACAUUUAGUGUUUGAGAGUGAAUAUUAUAAUUAUUUUAUGUAUGCCCUACUUCUUUCAAAGUAGUGGAAAUAUUGAAAAAAUAUAUAUUUUUCACACAUUAGGUGUUCUAGACAGUACUGAAGAGAUUCUGUGCCAUAUUUAAGAAAGGUGUUAUUACAGUAGGCUGCUACCUCCAAGACACUAUCAGUUCUACUGAUUUCAUGUUGUUUCAAUUGUUGGGAAGGGUUUACAACUGCAGGGCAAGUAUAUGAAUGUGACCACAAGUGCAUUAGCGGAUAUGUUUGCUGUGAAGCGCUUUAUUUAAUAGUACAGGACUGUAAUUAAUAUUUAGUAUAUGGUAACUGCAUAGGCACAGCCAGGUUAUCUGACACUACUGGUUUUCAGGGUAGUGUAUUGCUGUAAAACAACUUGAGUACUUUGUGAUUAAUGGCUGCUCAAACAAGCAGUGAUAUUAGGAGAGUACUUGGGUGUUGCUUACAAAUAGGACACACAAAAGAUAUGCAUACAAUUACUUCUUAGAGCAAUAUCAUACAAUUUGUAUAUAAGCUCUUUAUCUUUUACAAUACAAAUUUGGCCCGCUUUAUGGUACAUGAAGCUUUGUGCUCUGACGCAAUGUAUCUGUCACAAAGGGUAUUGUUAUUGUUAUUAAGUGUGUAAAGUUAGAGCCUAAUACAUAUUUUUGACAAUCCUAUA